AGGGUGAGGUUUGCACCCACUUAUAUACACUUAAAUGGCCUCAUCUCUAGUCGAUGUGGGACUUCCACACCCAAGAAAACUGCUACUCCUUGCAUGGCUUCCCUUCAAAAAUAGCUAAUAUCUCUAAGGUUGACACUCCCACUUCCAACUCCAAGUUCACUGAGGAAGAGUAUCAAAAGUAUCUGCAAUUAAAGUCGGCCCUAAUGGUGACAUUGAUAGGCUCAAAGCUCGGCUGGUUGCAAAAGGGUACACUCAGGUUUAUGGUCUUGAUUAUUGUGAUACCUUUUCUCCCGUGGCCAAGAUGACUACCAUUCGCUUGUUCUUCGCCAUGGCAGCCAUUCGUCAUUGGCCACUUCAUCAGUUGGAUAUCAAAAAUGCCUUUCUCCAUGGUGAUCUUGAGGAAGACGUUUAUAUGGAGCAACCUCCUGGGUUUGUUGCUCAGGGGGAGUCUGGUAUGGUUUGUAAAUUGAACCGAUCUCUAUAUGGGCUCAAGCAAUCUCCACGUGCUUGGUUUGGAAAGUUCAGCUCCAUUGUUCAAAAAUUUGGGUUAAAACGCAGUGAAGCAGAUCAUUCAGUCUUUUAUUAUCAUUCAUCCCUCGGGAAAUGUGUUUACUUGAUAGUAUAUGUUGAUGAUAUAGUUAUUACAGGAAAUGAUACUGCUGGAAUAUCUCAAUUGAAGGAGUACUUGUGUAGACAUUUCCAAACCAAGGAUCUUGGGAGCCUCAGAUACUUCCUAGGUAUUGAAGUAGCUCAAUCAAAAGAUGGAGUCGUAAUCUCCCAAAGGAAGUAUGCUCUGGAUAUUUUACAAGAAACAAGCAUGAUUGAUUGUAGACCGAUUGAUAGUCCUAUGGAUCCAAAUCAAAAAUUAACAGCAGAAGAAAGUGAGUUAUUCUCUGACCCGGAGAGAUAUAGGAGACUAGUGGGAAAACUAAUCUAUCUCACUAUUACAAGGCCGGAUCUAUCUUUUGCAGUUGGAGUGGUUAGUCAAUUCAUGCAAGCUCCGUGUGUUGGUCAUUGGAAUGCUAUCAUUCGCAUUCUAAGGUAUGUGAAAAAGGCUCCCGGGCAAGGGCUGUUAUAUGAAGACAAAGGAAACCUUCAGGUAUCAGGAUAUUGUGAUGCUGAUUGGGCAGGUUCUCCUAUUGAUAGACGGUCUACUACAGGAUAUUGUGUUUUCCUUGGAGGAAACAUUAUCUCAUGGAAAAGUAAGAAACAAAAUGUAGUGGCUCGAUCAACAGCUGAAGCUGAAUAUAGGGCAAUGGCUUCAUUAACAUGUGAGCUUAUAUGGGUGAGGCAGUUCCUUCAAGAGCUUAACUUCUGUGACAUCCAAAGUAUGAAAAUGUAUUGUGAUAACCAAGCUGCUCUUCACAUUGCAUCAAAUUCAGUGUUUCACGAGAGAAUCAAACAUAUAGAAAUUGAUUGUCAUUUUAUUCGGGAAAAAUUAUUGUCAAAAGAAAUAUGUACUGAGUUUGUUGGAUCAAAUGACCAACUCGCACAUGUAUUGACUAAGUCAUUGAGGGGACCUCGAAUUGAGUUUAUUUGUUCCAAGCUUGGAACAUACAAUCUGUAUGCUCCAGCUUGAGGGGGAGUGUUAGAAUCAUUACAUAUAGCUAUCAUCAUUAGACUAGUCUGCAGAGUUAUUAAUUAGCUGUACCUAGUUCUGUACCUAGUAGCUUAGUGCAGACUCUUGGUAUUACAUGUAAUCUUGUGUUUUUCAUUAUAAAUAGAAGAUAAUGAGAGGGAUCUUCGAAGCCCUCUAAAAUAUUUCUU